AUGCGGGCGCUGAGCACGCUGGAGCCGGUGAUGGGAUUCCCCAUCUCUUGUGGCUCUGGGUGUUAUUCAGUGUCAUGGUUUCUCUUCCAGACCUCCCAGGCCCAGGAGCCCCUCUCCCAGCUGGAGAAGUCCAUGGAUGUCAUCAUUGAUGUCUUCCACCAGUACUCGAGACGGGAGGGGGACAGAGACACCCUGACCAAGACGGAGCUGAAGCUCCUCAUUGAGAAGCAGCUUGCCAACUACCUGAAGCACGUGAGAAGCAAGGCCACCAUUGACGAGAUCAUGAAGGACCUCGAUAUGAACAAGGAUGCGCAGCUCAGCUUCAGCGAGGUGAUGCUGCUCAUCACCCGUGUGACCAUUGCCACCCAUGAGCAUCUCCAUGACGUCGAGAACCAGCAGCAGCAGCAGCACAAGCACCAACACCACCACUGAGGUGGGCUGUGGUCCAUGGCCAAAGGCACCCAAGGAGUGCUUGCAGCCCCUGGCUUUCUCCCCCCCGUCCUUCCCUUCCCAUCUCCCUCCAUCCCUUCCCUUCAAGUGUGAUGGUUUUGCUGCCAAAUAAAGAUGAGCCCCGAGGCUGUCAAAGCUC